UCGAGGUGUAAAUUUAUCUCUAUUGCUUUAAGGAGUCUCUGGCCACUGUGGAAAGCCCGGAUGAGGCCUUCUGAUUGGGCGUGGCGUUUCCGUGACGUCAUCCUGACUAUAUUAAAAGGGCUCCGGCACGCUGCCCCGGCCGGAACUUCUAGCAGUGUACCUGCCAGUGUAAGUUUGUUGUCUGGGCAGUACUGCCUGUCUUAAUUCAUUGCCGGCUUUCCUCUACGUUCUCGUCGAGCAAGCAUGGAAGCACAGAAAGAAGCGCAACGCAUUAUGACCCUGUCGGUGUGGAAGAUGUACCACUCUCGCAUGCAACGAGGUGGUUUGCGUCUUCACCGUAGCCUACAGCUGUCCCUCAUCAUGCGUAACGCUCGGGAACUCUACCUUUCAGCCAAGGUAGAGACCCACCAGCCCGAGUUCCCGCCAUCUGGCCGUUCUCUUGACCCCCGCCUGCACCCACCGCGGGGAGCCGAAGCUGCAGUGAGAGCGGCGCCCCCCGACGCCGAGCAGCCCCCGGAGCCCAUGGACACGCAAGAGACCCCUGCGCUCUGUGACCCGGCCCCCGCCAGAGUCAGCCGCAAGCGCCGGAGCAGCAGCAACCUGAGCGACGGCGGUGAUGUUGGACUGGCACCAAGCAAGAAGGCCCGCCUAGAAGAGGUGGAAAGAGAAGAGACAUCGGAGGUCGCCGAUCGCCUGCAGCUUCCUCCCGCACAAACCGAAGGUGCCUUCCCUAAUCUUGCCCGUGUCCUUCAAAGGCGCUUCUCUAGUCUACUGAACUGUGGACCCUCAGUGCCCCCGCCGACGCCCCCCACUUGCGAGGCUAAGCCAGCCUGCCGCCCGGCCGACAAUAUGCUUAAUGUGCUGGUGCGAGCUGUGGUGGCCUUCUGAGGAUUCCGAUCAGCGUCACCGGAGCCGAAAACGCACACCCGAGUCUAGGGUCGGCUGGGGAAAGUCGGCGGGGCCCGUGAAGAAGAGCCGCGGCCGGAGCUGCUAGAGGCCCGGGGAAGGACUGAGGAGCUGGGGGCGCGGGCGCCUUCUAGACGUGCGUCCACAGGUGUUGUUAAAGGACUGUCCCUUCCCUGGCUGGGAGAAAGGACACCUGAAUCUUGAAUCUCAGGGUCGGAUUUUCUUGGCCUGGCUGCCCUUGCAAGGCCGUUUCACUAGCAUACGCGUUUUGGCCCCUACAAGUGGCACGCUUGUGCAAGCGAUCACAGUUGCGUCAUGGGGCAGACGCGGGUGCUUCCUGUUGCCUAGCGUGGGUGUGGGGCCUGGGAGGAGGAGGCCAGGGUGUGGACCCGCCCUAGGGACUGGGAAGUGAUUUGAGUCACUUCGCCCCCACAGGCUGCUAUGGUUGAGCCAGCCCUCAGCUAAGAGCCCGAACUGGACCGAUCAAAUCUUUCUUGGAUCGGUGGAGCGUCUGGAGAGUCCCUGAACUGUCAGCCUAGACUGAUCGCCCGGCGUGGGCCACGGUGGAAAGCCUGGGAGGCUGGCUGGUCGCAGUUGCUGUCGUAGACCCGGCCCCUUCGGGCAGGAAAGGAAUUUUUUGGCCAGCAUGUUUAUGAAGUCUGUUUACCUUUCCCAUGGUGGGUUGUCUUUAACUCCCAUCUACUUGCGUUUUACAGUGUCAGCUAGGAAAAUAAAGACCGUCGGAGUAAAGA